GCGUCGCGUAUGCGCUUGCGCCUCAUUACAAAUUAUAUUGGAAAUCGUAACUUGUAUUGAACAGGGUUUGUCGAAACGGACAAAAUGGCUCCCGGUGUUAUAACAAAUUCUGAAACAGUUUUAAAUGAUACAUUGGGAGUGAUAACUAAUGGUGUUAAUCUUAAUGCUGGUUUUACAAAUGAUGUUAAGACGUGUCCCAUUGACCAUUUUGCUUUAGCCGAAGUUGAUAAUGCAAAUAUAACGAAAUCAAAAAAAUCAGAAGAUGUUGAUGUCAAAAUUCAAAUACAGAAGCUUGAUAAGAAGCAACCAAGAAGAGUUAUAAGGCCCAAAGUCUUGAAGAAUCUUGAGUCCAGGGUAUACCUAUAUGAUAGACUCUAUGAUACAACCUGUCCAAGAGUGCCAACACUAUGCAACGAGAGAGCAUGUUUGGGCAGCUUGAUGUCGAUCCCUGGUCGUGGAGACGUGCCUAGAAGUCCGGAAGAGGUUCUCAUCGACGCGAAAGAUUUUCUUGGACAAUACUUUGCUUCUAUACGUAGGGCAAACACAGUAGCCCAUGAGGCUCGCUGGAAGACGGUUCAAGAAGAGGUAGCGAAGACUGGCACCUACCAGCUGACUACAACGGAGUUGGUAUUCGGGGCUAAAUUGGCCUGGAGAAACGCUAGCCGAUGCAUCGGCAGGAUACAGUGGUCUAAACUACAAGUGUUCGAUUGUCGACAAGUGACAACCACGAGUGGCAUGUUUGAAGCCCUCUGCAAUCACAUUAAGUAUAGCACUAACAAAGGAAACAUCAGGUCGGCAAUUACCGUCUUUCCUCAACGUACUGACGGCAAGCAUGACUAUAGAAUAUGGAACAGCCAACUGAUUAGCUACGCUGGAUACAAACAGCCAGACGGAACCGUUUUGGGAGAUCCGAUGCAUUGUGAGUUUACCGAGCUUUGCCUCAAGCUAGGCUGGAAACCUCCACGAACUGCUUGGGAUAUUCUCCCUCUUGUCCUUUCUGCUAAUGGAAAAGAUCCGGACUAUUUUGAAAUACCGAGAGAACUUGUCAUGGAAAUUCAUAUGACUCACCCAACACAUGAAUGGUUCGAGGAGCUUCAACUCCGCUGGUACGCUCUACCAGCUGUGUCCAGUAUGCGCUUCGACUGCGGCGGCAUUGAGUUUACAGCUAAUGCCUUCAAUGGCUGGUAUAUGAGCACCGAGAUCGGUUGUCGGAACUUCUGCGAUACUAAUCGAUUGAAUAUGUUGGAGAAAGUAGCUCAGAAGAUGGGCUUAGACACCAGAACUCCAGUAAAUUUAUGGAAGGACAAGGCCCUAGUGGAGGUAAACGUGGCUGUUCUCCAUAGCUUCCAGCAGCACAACGCGACUAUUGUAGACCAUCACACAGCCUCUGAGAGCUUUAUCAAGCACUUAGACAACGAAAACAGACUGCGUUCCGGCUGUCCGGCGGACUGGAUAUGGAUCGUCCCGCCGAUGUCAUCAUCCAUCACUCCGGUAUUUCAUCAAGAGAUGGCGCUCUAUUACUUACGACCAGCUUAUGAAUACCAGGAGCCAGCAUGGAAAACUCAUCAAUGGCAGAAGUCAAAGCCGAUCACAGGCAAGAGGCCCAUAAAUAGAAAGUUCCACUUCAAACAGAUUGCGCGCGCAGUGAAAUUCACAUCCAAACUCUUUGGUCGAGCGCUCUCUAAGAGGAUUAAGGCAACCGUUCUAUACGCCACCGAGACUGGCAAGUCUGAGCAGUAUGCGAAGGAAUUAGGAGUCAUAUUUGGGCAUGCGUUUAACGCCCAGGUUCAUUGCAUGAUUGAUUAUGAUAUCACGUCUAUUGAACACGAAGCGCUUUUACUGGUUGUGACAUCGACUUUCGGAAACGGAGAUCCACCAGAAAAUGGUGUGGCUUUUGGUGAACAUCUCUGUGAGCUACUUUAUGCUGAUCAAGUUAGUGAAGAAAAUACAGCAGGCUCUCAAAUGCUGACCCCGAAAUCUUUUAUCAAAGCAAAUAGUCAAAUUGAACUUCAAAGAUAUGCUGCGAGUAAUCCAAAGCAACUCAGUCGCAUCGAAUCUUUAAAAGGAAGCGCAACUGAUGCAACAUCAAUAGACAGUUUUGGUCCGUUGAGCAACGUCCGCUUCGCUGUGUUUGCCCUCGGCUCCAGUGCUUAUCCAAACUUCUGCAAUUUCGGCAAGUACAUCGACCGACUGCUUGGUGACCUGGGAGGUGAAAGAAUUCAUGAUAUUGCUACAGGAGAUGAGAUGUGUGGUCAAGACCAAGCUUUCAGAAAAUGGGCAUCUAGUGUAUUUAAUGUUGCAUGCGAAACUUUCUGCUUGGAUGACGACGAAACUUUGCAAGAAGCUAAACGAGCUCUAGGGACGGUUGCACUUAGUGAGGAAACAGUUAGAUUUGCUUUUCCCACAUGUAAGCCACCAGUUUUGCUUAAUGCCCUACAAACAGCGAUAAAUAGACAACUUGUAACGUGCGUUGUAAAAGCAAAUAAAGAUUUAGGAGAUUUAAGUGCUGAACGAUCAACGAUAUUCAUUGACAUGGAGCCAAAGGGUGAAAUUAAUUAUGAUCCCGGUGACCAUGUCGGUAUAAUGGCAUGCAAUCGGAAAGAGUUAGUUGAUAGCUUAUUAGCUCGUUUGAAGGACAUUGAUAAUUACGACGAGCCGUUGCAGUUACAACUUAUGAAAGAGACUCAUACAUCGAGCGGUCCUGUAAAGUCUUGGGAGCCUCAUGAAAAGCUACCUGUCGCGAGUGUUCGAGAUUUAUUCACAAGAUUUUUAGAUAUAACAACGCCACCGACCACUAUUCUUUUACAAUAUUUGGCAAAAACUUGUGACGACGAAGAUGAAAAAAAAUACUUGAAUACUCUAGCUACAGACCCAGCAGCAUAUGAAGAUUGGCGUCAUUAUCAUUUUCCUACUUUACCUGAAGUUUUGAAUCAAUUUACGUCCGCAAAACCAAGCGCAUCGCUACUUGCCGCUCUUCUUUCACCCUUGCAACCGAGAUUCUAUUCGAUCUCAUCAUCACCAAUCGCUCACCCGAAACGAAUACACCUCACUGUAGCAGUUGUUACAUACAGAACUCAAGAUGGCGAAGGCCCAGUUCACUAUGGUGUUUGCUCAAACUAUCUCAUGGAUCGUAAGCCCGGGGAUGAAGUAUAUCUAUUCAUCCGAAGUGCACCGAACUUCCAUCUCCCUCACGAUUUGUCAGUGCCUCUUAUUUUGAUAGGCCCUGGAACAGGUAUUGCGCCGUUUAGAGGAUUUUGGCAUCAUCGUAAUGCUCUGCAGAAUACUCGUCCACGCUCAAAUAUUGGUCCUGUUUGGUUGUUCUUUGGUUGUAGAACAAAAACAAUGGAUUUGUAUCGAGAAGAAAAAGAGCAGGCUCUUAAAGAAGGUGUACUUUCGAAAGUGUUUCUUGCUCUGUCAAGAGAGAGUAAUGUACCUAAGAUGUAUGUCCAAGAACUCGCCGAAAAAGAAGGGGCUGAAAUUCAUGAUCUAUUAGUCAAUAAAGGUGGUCACUUUUAUGUAUGUGGUGACUGUAAAAUGGCAGAAGAUGUUCAUCAAAAAUUAAAGGGAAUAAUAAAGAAACAUGGUAACAUGACGGAUGAGCAAGUGCAAAACUUCAUGUUUGUACUGAAGGAGGAGAAUCGGUACCACGAAGAUAUUUUCGGCAUAACGCUUCGCACGGCUGAAGUCCACAACGCUUCCCGUGAAUCCGCUCGCAGGAACAGAGUGGCGGCGCAGCCAUGA